UAUGUUCGAUCCCGCAAAUUUUGCUGCUGUCUGCCGGUCAGAUUUGGCGUUUUUGUGAUGACCAUCCUUGGAAUCAUCGCAGGUGGUGUAAUUGGUACAAUUGGCUGGUAUCAGACUGGACAUAUCAAGGACUUACAUUUGACGAAAAAUAAUGAGAGAUCGCUUUACGUUGCAUCUAUCGUCUACACCCUCCUCGCAAUUAUAUCUCUUUUCGGUUUGAUCGGCGUUAUCAUCAAGAAGAAGGGCUUUGUGUCCGCAUACUCAUCGAUGGUUUGGAUCCAUCUCGGAUUCAAUGUCGGCACUGGCGCCUAUUUCCUAUAUACGCUCUUUCACAAGAUCGGACAGCAGGAUCUCAAUGACUGCCAAAGCACCAAUGACACCGACUUAAAUCGGGCAGCCUGCAGGAAGGGUUUCGAGAUCGCGCGCGGAAUAUUGGUUGGGAUCUACGUCGUUGUUUGGCUUGUCGAACUUUGGGGUUGUCUGAUCGUGUCCGACUAUGUUAGUCAACUCGAAGAGGAAGAG